AUGGCAGACAACGCCCCCCCUACUGCUGAGACCCUCCUCAGCGGUGCCGCCGCUCACCCCCAGACCGCUGAAGAAAUCGCCAACCAGUACAACCUGCUGCCCAAGCUGAUCCCUUAUCUCGACCGUCACCUGGUUUUCCCUCUUCUCGAAUUCAGCUCGGGCCAAGAUGACGAGAAGGAGGUUGUCCGUGCGAAAUAUGAACUUCUUAAGCAUACAAACAUGACCGAUUAUGUCGCCAACCUGUGGAAGGAAAUCCACAAUUCCGAUACCAUCCCCGACGAAUUCGUAAAGAAGAGGGAGGAGGUUCUGUCUAAGCUGCAAGAAUACGAGGAGGAAAGCGCCAAGAUCACCCAGCUGCUGCAGGACGAGAGCGUCGUCGCCAACCUGCGUAGCGACAAGGCCGCCAACUUGAAGUUCCUCGAGGAGCAGCACGGAGUCACCGUUGAGAUGGUCAACAGCCUCUACGAGUAUGGUCGAUUCCAGUACAGCUGCGGCAGCUACGGUAACGCCGCCGAACUUCUGUACCAGUUCCGUGUCCUUUCGACAGAUAACGACAAGGUUGCAUCGGCUACAUGGGGUAAGCUGGCCUCGGAGAUUCUCACCACCAGCUGGGACGCUGCGAUGGAGGAGGUCCUGAAGGUCAAGGAUUCGAUUGAGACCCGCCUAUUCAACAACCCUCUGGGUCAGCUGCAGAACCGCUCGUGGCUGAUUCACUGGGCCCUUUUCCCCUUCUUCAACCACGAUCCCGCCCGCGAUGCCCUGACCGAACUUUUCUUCUCCCCCGCCUACAUCAACACCAUCCAGACCAACUGCCCCUGGAUUCUCCGAUACCUCGCCGCGGCAGUCAUCACCAACCGUAACCGGGCACACAAGAGCAGCGGCUCGUACCAGAAGCAGCUGAAGGAUCUGAUCCGUGUCGUGCGCCAGGAGGGUUAUGAGUACUCGGACCCCAUCACCGACUUUGUCAAGGCUCUUUACAUCGAUUUCGACUUCGAAGAGGCUCAGAAGAAGCUGGGGGAGGCCGAGGAUGUUCUCCGAAGUGACUUCUUCCUCGUUUCCGCCGCGGAUGCCUUUGUGGAGGCCGCCCGGCACCUCAUUUCCGAGAGCUACUGCAAGAUUCACCAGCGGAUCGAUAUCAAGGACCUGUCUACCCGUCUUGGCUUGAACCAGGAUGAGGGUGAGAAGUGGAUCGUCAACCUGAUCCGUGACACCCGCGUGGAUGCCAAGAUCGACUACAAGGAGGGCACCGUGAUCAUGAACCACCCUCCCCAGUCGGUGUACCAGCAGGUCAUUGAGAAGACCAAGGGUGCAUUCUUCCGGACACAAGUGCUGAGGUUCGUCUUCCCGAUAUAA